GCGACAAGUAUGCUUCGCGCACGCACCUUCACUCCACGGUGGAGGAGAUGCGGAAGAUGAACGCCCGCCGGAAGCUGAAGGGCGCCGUGCUGGCCGCCGUGUCUUCGCCGCGGUGGACCAGCUUCUAUAGCGACCCGACCCUCGACCCCUACCCUGAGCUCCCCGCCGACGACGACGUGUGCAGCACAGGAGCAGUAAGCGUCGUGCUGGACUCCCUGGACGAUAUACAGUGUCUCCAGGAAUGUCCAGUGAAGGACCGAGAUUUCCUGCUCUCCGUCCUCGAAGACACGCAGCUCCACGCUCUCCUUGACGUGAGUAUUCGGUUGAUCUAAACUUUGUUACACUUGAAAUUGCGAUGGA